GCCAGUGCUUGGAACUAGAGUUUGAUCUGGAAAGAACAACAAUGUGGGAAAACCAUCCACCUGCCUCCCAGAGUCCAGCAGAAUGAACCAAGGGUGGAGGCCAAGCUGUUCCUCCCCUACCCACCCCCACCCAGGCCUUUCCACUCUGCCUAAAACCGCAGUGAUAGACUUUUCUCUGGUUCCAACAGCAAUUUGAAAGACUUGGGGAAACUCAAAAAAUUUAAAAACCAUCAACCUUCGCAUUCUGCCCCAAAGGGCCCCCACUAGCGCUGGGUAAAGCAGCUGCAGGUACUCCCUAGGUGCCAUGCUCACGCCAACCUCUUUAUCAGCAGUGUCCAACCUACUGCUCACAGGAGGCCCUUCUGUUAGUCCCAACUGCAGAUGGGUAAAGUGAGAGUGGGCCUGAAAGCUGAGCUGCCUCCCUGAGCCUCUGCCACCAGCCUGCCGGGAGGUCCUUGGGGAGGUUGCUGACUGAGCAUGAGGGGCCUCGCUGCUCCUCUGUUGGCAGGUGCCUGCAUCAGAAGGGGUUAGGACAGCUGGGAACAGCCCUGCCCCCAUGACCCUCAUGGUUAUUCUCUGGCCUCUCUCCUCCCCCACCUAGACCCCCUGAGCUUCUCCCACCAGCCCCAGAAGCCCAGUGGGCUCACCUCCCCUGACCUUCCAGAAGCCUGCCUCGCUUGGACAAAGCAGCCGUUCCCAGCACAGUGGCCCAGAAAACAAGUCUUGACCUGAGGCCAAGGCUCUUGAGGGCUGAACAGUGUCCCUGCACUCACUCCCUCCUGAAACACUCUGUCCCUUCGUCAUUCAAAGCAUCAUUUCUGGGAAGGCCAGGGGCUUGUUUUCCAGAGUGGCCUUGUCAGCUACCGGGCUAGCGGGCAGUUCUGACCUUCCUGCCAAGCCUAACUUGAGAUGUUAAACAUCUUGGGUCUGAGGAUGGGAAACAGGAACCCUGAUCUCCCUCAUUCUGAAGACCCAGGCCCCACUCUCCAGCCUUCCUCUUAGCCCUGGAGCCACACCCAGAGCCUCUGGUUCCCUGAGCCAUUUUCUUGGCCUGCCUGAGCCCCUUUCAUGGCCUGCCUGAGCCCCUUGCAGCUCCAGAAGUUCCAGGAGGAUGGAUUCCUGGUGCUGGAAGGAUUCUUGUCUGUGGACGAGUGUGAGGCUAUGAAACAAAGGAUUGGUGAGAUCGUGGCUGAGAUGGAUGUCCCUCCCCACUGCCGCAUAGAAUUUUCCACCCAACACGAGGAACAGCUUCAAGCCCAGGGCAGCACAAACUAUUUCUUGAGCAGUGGUGACAAGAUUCGAUUCUUCUUUGAGAAAGGUGUUUUGGACAAUAAAGGAAAUUUCUUGGUGCCUCCAGAGAAAUCAGUCAACAAAAUUGGUCAUGCUUUGCACGCCCAUGACCCUGUCUUCAGGAGUGUCACACAUUCCCCCAAGGUGCAGGCCUUGGCCAGAAGUCUGGGCCUCCAGAUGCCUGUGGUGGUGCAGAGCAUGUACAUCUUCAAGCAACCUCACUUUGGUGGUGAAGCCUCCCCUCACCAGGAUGCCUCGUUCCUGUACACGGAGCCCCUGGGCCGGGUGCUGGGCAUGUGGAUGGCGCUGGAGGAUGCCACGCUGGAGAAUGGCUGCCUUUGGUUCAUCCCUGGCUCCCACACCAGCGGAGUGUCAAGAAGGAUGAUCCGGGCCCCUGCUGGCUCAUGGCCUGCUACCAGCUUCAUCGGGGCAGAGCCAGACUGGGAUAGAAGCCUCUUUGUGCCCACACCAGUGCAGAAAGGAGCCCUGGUCUUGAUCCAUGGGGAGGUGGUGCACAAGAGUGAGCAGAACCUUUCAGACCACUCACGCCAGGCCUACACUUUCCACCUCAUGGAAGCCACUGGCACCGUCUGGAGCCCAGAGAACUGGCUCCAGCCGACAGCUGAGCUGCCGUUUCCUGCCUUGUACACCUAAAGCCCUUGAAGGGCUGGGACCGUCACCUCCCAGUGCAGAUGUGGACUACAAACCCUAGCACGCUGCCUCCCAUGCCAGCUGCAGUGGGGAAGCUGUGAACCUGCAGAGCUCUCCUCCUUCAGGGUCUGUGCUUUCAGCCCUGCAGACAGCUGAGGGAGGCUGAAGUGGCAGUGCAGGGCCCAGGCUGGAUGAAGGCCUUCCCCAAGAUCUUACUUACUCCCCCACACAAACUUCCCCUUGAGGUGGCCUCUCAGCCAUGAAAGAGGUCUGGUCCAUUUUCAAGUCCUCUCUCAGGAGCAACUCUAAUAAUUACGCUGUAAGACACUCAAUAAAAAUGACUUCUGAAUGCA